AUGAAACGCAAAUUAGACGCCAAUGACGUGCCGGCGCCUGCGGAGGGGGAAGAAAAGGUCAAACAGGAUGUUUCUACAUUUUCCGGUUUAGGACUCGACUCCAGAUUGUUACAAGGCAUUUCAAAACAGAACUUCCAAGCACCUACAUUGGUACAGAGCAAGGCCAUACCUUUAGCAUUAGAGGGACGAGAUGUGCUGGCUAGGGCGAAAACGGGCUCUGGAAAAACUGCUGCAUACUUGUUGCCCAUUAUCCAUCUCAUUCUAAGAAGAAAACAGACGACACCAACUCAAACAACGUCCGCACUUAUCCUUGUACCAACUCGUGAGCUUGCGGAACAAGUUACCAAAGCCGUCGAAGCGUUUGCUGCGUUUUGUGUCAAAGAUGUACGAGCGGUAAACCUGACCCAGAAAGUCUCGGAUGCGGUUCAACGAUCUCUCCUAGCAGACUCGCCAGAUAUUGUUGUAGCAACUCCGGCGAGAGCUGCUGCAAAUUUGGAAAGUUCGGCACUGUCUCUCGAGAACCUGGCACAUUUGGUGAUUGAUGAAUCCGAUCUGGUGUUAUCAUAUGGGUAUGACGAGGACUUGCAGAAUGUUGCUAAAAUCAUGCCAAAGGGUGUGCAAACGGUAUUGAUGAGUGCUACGUUGACGAGUGAGGUUGAAACUUUGAAGGGGUUGUUCUGUCGGAAUCCGGUAGUGCUCAAACUCGAGGAAGCUGAGGAAGCGGGUGAGGGUGUCAGUCAAUACACUGUCAAAUGCGCGGAAGACGAAAAGUUCCUGCUUCUCUAUGUUAUCUUCAAACUGAAGUUGAUAAAAGGGAAGUGCAUUAUCUUUGUUGGAGAUAUCGACAGAUGUUAUCGUUUGAAGCUAUACCUUGAGCAAUUUGGAAUAAGGAGUUGUAUUCUCAACUCAGAGCUUCCAGUAAACUCUCGCAUACAUGUUGUAGAAGAAUUCAACAAGAACGUAUACGAUAUUAUCAUCGCUUCUGAUGAGCACGAGGUAUUGGGUGAUGAAGAGGAGGAAAAGACUGAGGAUGCGGAAGAAAAAGCCGACGCUGGCGAAACAAAAGAGGCAGAUGCCGAGGAAGCAAAAUCUCGAUCGAAAGAGCCUUCAAAAAAGAAACGCAGGGUUGUCGAGAAAGAUAAGGACUAUGGAGUCUCGAGGGGAAUCGAUUUCAAAAAUUUAGCCUGCGUUCUGAACUUCGAUUUGCCAACUUCAUCAAAAUCAUAUACCCAUCGAAUUGGACGUACUGCCAGGGCGGGUCAGACUGGUAUGGCUUUGUCGUUUGUCAUUCCAGCCGAUCAAUAUCGAAAGCACAUCCCUACCAGCAUCGAAUCUGCCAAGGAUGAUGAAAAGGUGUUGGCGAAAAUUAUGCGACAUCAACUCAAAAAGGGAAAGGAAGUAAAACCAUACAACUUCGACAUGAAGCAGGUGGAAGCUUUUAGAUACAGAAUGAGUGACGCAUUACGGGCUGUCACAAGGGUAGCGAUUCGUGAGGCUCGGACCAGAGAGCUGAGGCAAGAGUUGAUGAAAAGCGAGAAAUUGAAGAGGCAUUUCGAAGAGAACCCAGGAGAUUUACAUCAUCUUCGACAUGAUGGUGAAUUGAGAGCCGCGCGAGUUCAGUCUCAUCUGAAGCAUGUUCCAGAUUAUCUAUUACCAGAAGGCGGCCGGAAAGCAAUAACGGCAGGGGAGCAUGGAUUUGUGGGAUUCAGAAAAGUUACGGAUGGCAAAAAUCGACGGACGAGGAUAAAUAAAGGGCGGGGCAAGAAAGCAGGUGGAAGAAAGAUUGAUCCGUUGAAAUCUUUCAAGGGUAAAUCAAGAAAGUAA